CAGAGUACCAUGGGGGUGUUUGUAAAAAUUCCCAAGUGAAAAAUGUCAGGAAUCUACAAUCUCCGCUUGAUGAUCAGUGCACUAACCUUCAUCGCCAUGCUUACAAGCUCCAUGAUGGUCGCGCUGUCUCAGAAUGUCGACAUGGGAAGCUGCAUACUGGUGGCGCAGGAGCUAUCGCCAUGUUUGAGCUUCAUCAAAGGCAGCGACGGAGGGUUUCUUGGAGAGAAUCCACCGCCGUCGUGCUGCAGUGGCGUUACUAAGUUGGCCGCCGAUGCUAAAACGAAGAACGAUAAGGUUGAUUUGUGCGAGUGUAUCAAGAAGAGUUUGUCGAUGAUCGGAGCUUAUGAUCCGAAUCGCAUUCCUUCGAUUCCCGAAGGCUGCGGAAUUCCAGUUCAAAUUCCUCCCAUUGACAAUUCCACUGACUGCUCAGAGGUUGAAGGCUUUGAAUUUGGAAGUGGCAUGUCAAAUGAGGUUGGGAAUUGCCAUCAUCAAUGAUCCCAAUCAACAUAAACCAAGCCAAAAUCCCAUAUGAUGUUCUUAAGUUUCUCUUCGUUUCAAAAUAAGAUUGAGUCUUGGUCUCAAUAAUCCUUAUUUACUUCUUAAUAAUACUCUAAUAACG